AUGGCUACCAUCCCUCCCUAUAAGCCGAGCACAAAACACUCAGCCAAGACUACCAUUCCUCCUGAUGAUCCCGAAGCAGAAUAUGAAACCGCCGUCGCCGCAUACAAAGCGCAAGUGAGCGUUAUGGGCCCAACGCGCAAACAGUACGAGGCGCUUUUCUUUCAACACAAACAAGCUCAAACACGCUAUGACAAGAUCAUGGACAAAACGACAUCGCAAAACACCACAUACCAGCGCCAUAAGCGAUACGUCAUCUCACUGACAAACGCCUUGCUCGCAUCAAACCUCACACUACGCUCCGCUUCAGGACCGGUCAGCGAUUUGCAAGCUCUAACGCACGCAACUCUCCUUUAUGAUAUUCGACUCUCUGCUCGCACGCUCGUCGACAUGAUGGUUCAGAACAAGCGCCUGGACAAGGCAAGAGAAAGGUUUUGGAAACUCGAUCAGGAACUGCAUGUGAAGUGUGAGGAGUUGUUUGAAGUGGUGGACAAGAAUUGUAAAGAGUUGGAUCGACUGCAUGCGAAGGUGCUUGAGGCAGAGAAGAAGAUGGGCGAGGAGUCCAGAUGUGGGAUGGCAGAGGGGAAAUGUCUUUCUUGUGUCAGGAAUAGUGAGAAGGAGGCGAGGAGGCUGGGGGCGGACGAUGUGGCGAAGGCGAAGGGAGGGCCUGGGAAAAUAGGGAAAGGGCUGGGGGCGAAGAAGAAGUUGGAGGAUAUUCUUGAGGAGGUGGAUUAG